UCUCCAUCCUUGAAUAAGGAUAAAACACCCCUUCAACACCUCAAAACACUACCAAACCAUUCUAACAACUACAAUAUCAGCCACCAUGCCUCGUUUCACUGUCUUUCUCUUCCUUCUACUGCUACUAUUACUCUUUCACUCGUCCUCAGGUGAAAUUGGAACCGUUGAUAAUGGCAAGAAGUUCGUCCACCCAUCUCGUAAGAUGAAUUUGAGGAAGCUCAUGGAGGCCAGCUUACACGAUUAUGACUACGGUGGACCCAACCCGAGGCAUUAUCCAAAGAAAGGGAAGCCACCGGGGCCUGGCAGCAGGAACCGUUGAUUCGUCCUCUCUAGAAUGUGGGCCCCACCUUCACAGAUACCAUGUGGGGCCUGGUUCCACCGUUGGAUGACACACACAUAUCAGAGAUCUGGGCCAUACACUUGUUCAGAUAGAACAUCUGAUGGGUGUACUCCGCUAAUUUUGGGCAUGUUCCCACUGUGAAAAACUUAAUGAAUGGUCCAGAUCGAUUUAACAAAUGGGCCAUCUGACGGUGGGAACUGGGCCCAGCAUGGUUACUUUGAUCUGGGCCGUACAUUUAUUAAUACAUGGAUCUUGAUCAUUUUUGAAGCGUUCAUGAGUUGUUUAGAGGAUAGAACGGGUGUGAUCUGUGUAUCUAUUCCUUAGUUAAGCUAAACAGCUACUUUCCAACUCGAAUAUUAUACAACAAUGGAGUAGAAGGGUGCAACGUUUGUAAAUUUAUACUCUUUUAAAAGAAUUUUAUCCUUAAAAAGAAAAUCUUCCAUUC